GAAAAAAAAAACAAAACCUGUUUGGCUGUAUAGUAGAAUGACGUUUCUCAUGUUUUUGUGUCGUGUUUGAUUCGUAGAAGGAGUUUUAAGUGUUUUAAACGUGAAAUUCUAAUACGUGAACUGUUAAAACAUCUUGUUUUCGUGUAAUAUAAAGUUUAAAUUGUGUUUCGACGAGAUUCUUUGCUAUAAUUUUGUUGUUAAUACAAGUGAUUGUCACAACGACCUGCAGACAACGGGUGAAUGAAACCAAUGUGAUAGUACUUUGUGAUUUAAUCAUAAAUACGGAAAAAAAUGUACAAUCAGUGACAUUUGGUAAGAGUAACCAUUAAUAAUGUGCAUAAAUACUUUUUUCAUAUUGGUUUUAUGUGUGAAAUAGUGUUAGAGAAAUGGGUGACCUCUUAAAACACCCUUACCGAGUGAAAAGUACAUUUGUAAGUGUUUUAUUACAAAAAUGGAUGUGAUUACUGGAUUAUCCCCACUGAGUCCAGGCUUCAUCGAGGAGUUGGACAUCGAGGCGUACAUGAGCUCCGUCGGCGAAGGCUGCUAUGCUCCUCAAACUAUUGACCCUCGUCGGACUGGGGGCCACCAGCUACCCGAAAGUCCACCGGACUCCGGCUCCGAAAACCCUUACAGCCCAUCAGAGACCAAUGUCUCCCACGCCAUCUCAGUACCCCAAACGGUCCUAAGUUCCGACUACAUGCUGGUCCAUGACCAUAUACCUACCCACGAGAUCCUCCAACAAAAUGGCGACUAUAUCUACGAUGAGCUGAAGUCCGACCAUGAGGUCUUGAGGAGUAAUCUCAAUGAUGUCGUGGUACUGCCUCAGGAUUCUAAUAUCGUGGAGCUGGGCAUCAGGACUGUUAGACAUGAUUUGGGGUUAGGCGAUGUUUAUCAGAAUAGGUACAGUCAGAUGAGGGUCGACAUGCCAGACCUGGACCAGGGCAUGAUAAACCCUCAGCUGGUGGCGUUAGGCCACGAGACCCUGACUCCAGUGUACACCAGCCUGCAAGAACCUUCUACGAAGAAGAGGAAGCAUUCACAGGAUACUAACUCUCAAGUGAAAUGUGAGCCUGCGGCCUUAUCACCGGAGAGUGUAACCCACGUACCCCGGCCGGCACCGCCGUCAGUAGACGGAUCAGAGGCAGGUGACGAUGCGCCCCUGCAAUGCAUCAGGUUCGGCCCCUUCCAGCAGAACGUCUGGCAUUCGCUGUACGACUGCAAUUUGAAGCCGCUCCAACCACCCUCCUACGUGGUAGGAGCUGACAAAGGAUUCAACUACUCACAAAUAGACGAGGCGUUUGUCUGCCAGAAGAAGAACCACUUCCAAGUCACCUGUCAGAUUCAGAUGCAAGGAGACCCUCACUAUGUGAAGACGGGAGAGGGGUUCAAGAAGAUCAGCAACUUCUGUCUGCAUUUUUAUGGAGUUAAGGCUGAAGAUCCGAGUCAAGAAGUGAGAAUUGAACAAAGCCAGUCUGACAGAACAAAGAAGCCUUUUCAUCCAGUACCCGUCGAAAUCCGUCGCGAAGGCGCCAAAGUGACAGUCGGCCGUCUACACUUUGCGGAAACCACAAACAACAACAUGAGAAAGAAGGGCCGACCCAACCCAGACCAGCGACACUUUCAGCUAGUCGUCGCUCUGAGGGCUCACGUAGGACAUACAGACUUUAUCAUAGCGGCUUCAGCUAGUGACCGGAUUAUCGUCAGGGCAUCGAACCCAGGUCAGUUCGAAUCUGACUGCACGGAGAGCUGGUGGCAGCGAGGAGUGUCAGACAAUAGCGUCCACUUCACCGGCAGGGUCGGCAUCAAUACUGACAGGCCUGAUGAGUCCUGUGUUGUUAAUGGUAACUUAAAAGUGAUGGGCCAUAUCCUUCACCCAUCGGAUGCUCGCGCUAAACAUAAUAUUGAAGAGUUGGAUACAGCGCAGCAACUGAAGAAUGUACAGAGCAUCAGAGUUGUCAAAUUUAACUACGACGCUUCAUUCGCGGAGCACUCAGGCUUACUCGGCUACGAUCCGUCCCGCCCCGCACCGCAGCUCGACACCGGCGUCAUCGCACAGGAGCUGCGGAGAGUCAUCCCGGAGGCCGUGAAGGAGGCGGGCGACGUCACCCUGCCUAAUGGCGAUACUAUUCCUAAGUUCCUGGUGGUUAAUAAGGACCGCAUCUUCAUGGAGAACCUCGGAGCAGUGAAGGAGUUGUGCAAGGUGACCGGCAACUUGGAGUCCAGGAUCGACCAGCUCGAGAGGAUCAACAAGAAACUCUGCAAGAUCAGCAUCCUGCAGAGACGAGAUAGCUCUAGAUCCAGUGUUAGCAAUGAUUCCCGCUACUCAGCAAUGUCAAACUCCUCAAAAUCCUUCUACAGUGAUGGCAACAUAUCCAUAGACCAAAUCCGAGACAUAGCUCGCAACAUCCGAAAACACGAGUGUUGCCAUAAACUCAGCCACAACUCCCCGAAAUACACGCGAAAACAGUGUAAAAACUGCCACGGAAACUACUCGAAAUACGGGAAAUAUUACAACUAUAACAAAACCUGCGUCAGAUACCACUCUAACAAACUCGAAAAGCCGGAAAAUGUCGAAAAUCCGACUUAUACUGAAUCUAAUAUACAAAAAUACCCGGAAGAAAGCUAUGAGAGUACGUUGACGAAGAAAAAGGAUACUUGUCUAUGGUUGAAGAGUGAUGAUAAUUUUUCGUAUGGCAACACUAAGUUGGGAUUUUGUUGUCGGAAAGAUUAUGGGGAUACCAGCAGUGAAUUAAUUUCGAAUAAGUUUUUGCAAAUUGUUAUUACAAUACUGAUAUUUAUUAUGGCUGUUUGCCUCGUAGUAAUGUCAGCACUAUACUUCAGAGAGCACCAAGAACUCAUAUCUAUGAAAGAAAGUCGUUUGCAUCACAAUCUAGACUACCCACACUACGGGAAGCUAAACAACGAACUGUAUACGCAUAGAACACCACCGGAUAAGAACCAGAUUCAGAAUACAAAAUCAUCACAACACACAGCGUCUAAGAAAACACCAAAAGAGAAAGGACCGCACAAAACUACACAAGAAUACAUAACGACCGCGCCAACGGAAUCACCACAUACAGUGUCCAGUUCUUCACAUCCUACCAAGAAUUAUGCCAGUAACUUUAAAAACUCAGUCCCCACGCUCCAAGCUCCUCUUCAAGCCGAGAUGCCGAUAUCCCGCGUCAGGAAAGUGGACGUGGUCGGCGGCGGCUGUUCUUUCGCAGCUAAUACUAAUAACGAACUGGAUCCUGAAUGCCAGUUUUUACUUUCCCAGUCACCAUGUGGCUUAGACCCACAGACUUACGACAACCAAGAACCAAUAGAGAGACUAAAACCCGACAAAGAACAGAAUGACACUUCUAAACCUUUAGAAGUGUCGACCAGAGACGAACAAGAAGCUAUGCCUGCUACUCUAGAUAAAAAUAAUACAUUAAAAUCGGAGCCAGAACCACUUAGAAAUGAAAAUGACUCUUUCAAAUCUCAUGAUGAAGAUAAUUAUUUAGAUGUUAAUAAGCAAAAUUCUACGGAUAAUGGGAGUAGAAUGAAGAGAGAAGUAAGAGAUAAAAGGGAGACUAGAGAUAAGUUGAGUUCUGAAGAAAUGUCUUUGGAUCAGUCGCAUGAGAUUGGACGAAGUGAAUGCGACACAGUCCGCGUGGGUAUAUCAAGCAAGUCUAUAAUAAACUCGUCGCUAUUUAGUGAGAGUGUGUGCGCCAAUAACGUGUAUAGCUUCAACUAUACUAUACCGCUGUCGCAUUGCUUGAGCCAUAAGCAUGUUGAUCUUACUUUCAGGUCUCAAAAAAUAAAAGAAUUCCGUCUCUGCGAAUUACAAUGCAACUACGACUCUUCAAAGUCCUGCCAAACCACCACGGAACCGCCCAAGCCGGCCCUAGCUGAUGACUCCUGGAGCAUCAAGAUGGCGCUGGAGUGCAAUGUGGACCGACUCAUGAGAGUCAGGGCUAGCUUCCAGCCUUUGGACCUAUGCUACCACACGCAAGAACACAAGCAGCCGUUUAUCGAGUACAAAAUACGUAUCUACAGAGAUUGUCACAAUUAAUGUCACUUAUGUCAACUGUCAACAAAUGUCACUCUAGUAGGAUUUUCAUGUAAAGUAAUUUUACUCCAUUUGAAAAGGCACUUAACUAAAGGCAAGCAAUCUUGAUAAGACUUUUCACAUAAAUACAUAUGAAACAAAUAAACUACUACUUAACGUAAAGGUUCAAUUGAUUAAGUUACUUUGAUUUUUAGGCGCAUUUUAUUUUUAAGUUGAGAUUUCAUCAUCUUUAGCUAAGUGCCUACUCUAAUGGAGAAUAGUAUAUCAACUUUGAUUAUAAAAAAUGAAUUACCAUCCAUAUGCUGUUAUAGCUCUAUGUUAUGAGACAUUCAUAUAUGACGUCUGAUUUUAUGGAGUCAUACACAUUUAUAAAAGUUUAAACUAGAUAAACGUCAAAACUCCAAACAUGGUGAAGUUUUCAAAAUGGCGACCGCAAGCUCUAUAAUGUCUAUUGUAAUAUUUGAGUCGCAAAAUUGUAUCGAUAAGAUAAACUAAAUAUUUACAAUACACCAGAGAGAUUUUAUUGAUAAAUUACUAGUAUUUGCUUAUUAUUUUAUAAUAAAUAUCACUUUUAAUUUUGUUUUGGGAACUACUUCGAGCACCUGGAUAAAGCCUCGAUAAAUGCUAUCUAUCACUGAAAUAUUUUUUCAAGUCAAUCCAGUGAUUCUUGAGAUUAAUGCAUUCAAGCAAACAAACUUUAGCUUUGUAACAUUUUUAUUUAUUUUAAUUAUUGAUACUUCGAAAUCCCAGUGUGAAUUUUCAAAAACCAGUGGUUUUUACCAAAAGAUAUUAACAUUAAAAUUUAUCAAUAAAAUCGUAUCAAAACACAAUUAUUAUAUGUAUUAUUAAAUUAAGUAAUCUAGUACUAAUAUUCUAUGAAUAGUAAAAUAAAAAUUAUAUUAUUAAUAAUAUGACACAUUCCAUAAGUGCAAUUAUGUAAUUAUUAUCCGUCCUAUUUAAUGAUAUGGCCUAUUAUAAAAAACGGCUAUUUUCUAUACUCAUCUAAAUGGCUAUAGUUACAUAAAAAGAGAUCGAAAUACAUACAGAUACCGACCGUCUUACCACAAAAACUUUUAAACGUCAGUUUAACAGCUGUCUAAAAAAAUUAUUAUGACGUUGAAAUAAGGUCCAUUUUGCAGCCACACUUUUUUUUAGACAUGUGUUUGACACAUGUUUAAGUUUUUGUAGUAAGACCACGAAUGUUGUGUGCAGUUGAAAGCUGUCAAUUUUGAAGGUAAAAUUGUUUUUUUUAUACUGACUGAUACAAUUGUCAACUGCACUAAAAAACGGUCGGUACCUUUUUUGUAUUGGCAACUACUAUAAUAAUAUUUAUAAGUACCUAAUUAUUUAAUAUUUGAACAUUAUUGAUAUGUUCUUUAUUUAUUGGCAAUUUUAUUAUUUUUGACAAUUGCUGUUUCUAACAUUUUUGAAAAAUAAACAACAUAUGUUAAAAAUCAUGUCGAUUGGUGCUUAAAACGCUCAAAAAGACAACAUUUAAUGUAACUUACCAUGACAAAAAACAUUAUAUAUUCAAAUAUUUAUUUAUUUUAAUGGUGAUAAUAACAGCUCAAAUUAAAUAAUUUAACAGAGGAGCUAUGUAUAGAAAAAUACAUAAAAUGAUUUUUCAUCAUCUGCCUAGCCUUUUCCCAACUAUGUUGGGGUCGGCUUCCAGUCUAACCGGAUGCAGCUGAGUACCAGUGCUUUACAAUGAGCGUCUGCCUAUCUGACCUUCUCAACCUAGUUACCCGGGCAACCCAAUACCCCUAGGUAAGACUGGUUCUCACUAUGAUUUUUGACUAUGAUUUUGAUAUUAUUUUGAGAAAAUAUAUUUUCUUUCCGUAAAAAUGGAUUUUGAUGAUAACUGAAAACUGAAAAAAGUGCCUAUCUUAAAUGUAAUGAAAUUAUUAAUAAGUUCAAUUUUUUAUUUAAACAUUUAAUGGAAUUGGUUUGUUUUUUUUUACAAAUAAACAAUAUUUUUAUACAAUUUAAACUAGAAAUGGUGGUAGCUACUAUUAUUAUUUUUAGUACAUAAUAGGAACUUUUUUUGUAAUAAUGAAUUUUAUUUUUAGUAUUUUUGCAGCUUUAUUUUUAGUUUUAAUUUUAAUUAUUAUUAUUUUUGUCUAGUUUUUAAGUUGUAUUGUUUGAAAUUAUGUCAGAGAAAUACUCAGAUGAAUUAUUUAAUUUUUAUUCGAACCAUGGAUGAGCCAUAUUUCAUAUUGUAAUGUAAUCAGAAUGAUUGGUAAAUAUUAUUAAAAUAUACAAUAUAUUUAGAAAAUUAAGUAAUUCUGUGAAUAUAAGACAUACUGAAUGAAUCUCUUUAUUUAAAAAAAAAACAAACGUUUUUUAACCGACUUAAAAAAAUACUUUUUUACAAGAAAAUAAAUCCCACUUCAAAAAUGUACCUAAAACUUUCUAUGCACAAUGAUAAUAAUAUCUCUUUGAAGUCGGUUUUAUUUUAUUGUAAAAAGAUUUUAACGUAUCCUCCUAAAAUAAUUUUGGCCAUAUUUUCUUCUAGCGUAGUCUAAAGUGUUAUUAUUCCGAUUAUACGUAGAAAUAGUAUCUUUGCAUUCCAAGCCAGUACUUAAUUAGUUAAUAAGAAUAAUUUGUAAAACAUUUUUAAAAAUCACAAGAAUGUCUUUAUUAUAUUUCUUUUUCAUCAUAUUUAUAAGAAAAGACAUCAAAUUUUAUUGUUUUUAACAUAUUUAAGCUAAUUAAUAUUCUAUUUUAUCAAACCAGUUUAUGUCAGAAAUAUUUUUUUUUAUUGUAAUUUUCGUUAAAACUUCUCUUCGAAAUAAAUGUAAUUAAAAACAUCACAACAGCUAUCUGACAUCACAAAUACACUUAAAAAAAAUCAAAAUAAUAAAUCUUAAAAAAUAAUUUUUUGUAACAAAAAAUAGCUCAAGUUGCCAGUUUCAUACUUACAUAUUAAGUGUCCUACAUCUGAAACAGAAAAACUGGAGUCUCAUUAAUCUGUUAUUUAAAUUAACAAAUGAAACAGUGGAUAUCUACUUAGUACAGUCGGUUAGAUGUAGCUUUACAAAUUAAGCUAAAAAUUAAACUAGGCUAAGUAUUUUUUCUUGCCAUAUUACUAAAUAAACAUCACAAAUUAUUUAUUUCUAAAAUUAUAAUCAUAUUGUCAUUUUACAUUUUUUUUUGUUACGGCCUUUCUUAAUAACCUAUCUAUCUAUAGUUUUGCCUCAAAUCUACAGAUAGAGUAUUGGAAACGGCCGUUAGGCUUUUGAAGCAAAAAGUAUCUAAACUCUAUGGCAGCUUUAUUUAAAAAAAAUAUUAUUAAAAAAAAUAAGACAGCGAUUAUUUUGCUUGCUUCAAGAAAUGUAAUAUUAAUAUUAUUUUUUAAUUUAUACGAAUAGAAAUAAUGAUUUUUAUUAUUAUAAUUAAAAACUAAGGAAUUUAUUAUUUGUAAAUUUUGUCUUUGAUUUGUUAUUAAAAGGUUUACGCCUUUUUUAAGGUACGUUUUAAAUGCUAGCUGCCGACUGCAACUGCUGAUCGCACAUGCAGCGACUGCAUGAAGUCGGCCGCAGCUGUACUACUGGUUUGUAUGUAUUUACAUGAAACCGUUUUGGAUCGAAGCGGCAGCAGCACGUGCAGUCGCCCUCAGAUAUCAAUUGCUUUCAUGCAGACGGUAGUUGCAGUCGGCAGCUAUCAUAUAAAACGUACCUUUACUAUUAUAUAGCACUAUUAAAUAAGGUAAAAUAAUGUUACUAUUGUAAUAAUGAAAUAUGCGUAUUAUUUUUUUCGAAAUCGCAUGUUUUUUUUAUUGUAUUUAAAUUAGAAAAAUCUCAUUUUAAGUAGAUGGAUUAAUUAUAGUACCUAGUUGUUUAGUUAGAUUUUAAAAGGCAAUAUUUAGACUUUGUUUAGUUUAUUUGCUUACAAUGCUCUCUGAUUAAAAGAUCUGUAUUAUAUUAUAGUGGUAUCGAAUGUUUUGUGCAGUUUACAGCUGUCAGUUUUCAUUUUCAAAAUACCGCCAUUUGUACCAACUGACAGCAACUGUCAACAGCACCAAAAAACGGUCAGACCAUGAGUUUUUUUUUUUGUCAUAAUCAAACUCAAAAAAGGUUUUAUCAUAUUUAUUCCUUUUUUAUACUCAAUCAUUUUUAAUUUUGACGUAAAAAAUAUUGGGGUAUUUUAUUAAAAAUGCUUUAUUUCACUAAAUACAGUCUAAAUAAGUCCAAAUAUCUAGCUGUAUCCUAGUAUUUAUAUAUUAUAUGUUAUUAUAAUAUAACUCUUAUAAAUUAGCCAAGCCCUGUGUGUCGAAACUCAGGCGUUUAUAAGUAUGUACCUAGUUACAAGUUAAUGAUAAGAAUCCACAAAUUUGUAUUCCGUAAGAUACAAUAUUAAAUUGUAGAUGUUUA